AUGAGUUUAGGAUCGCGCAAAAUGGUAGAAGAUCUUGCCGCGUUCCAAUCGGCGCUUUUGCCGUGGCUCAUCGUCGGUGCGGUCAUCGCUUUCAUUCUUGCGUUUGCCAUCGGUGCAAACGAUACAGCCAAUUCUUUUGGUACCAGUGUGGGCAGCAAGGUCAUCACUCUUACUCAAGCCUACAUUCUUGCCAGUAUUUUUGAAACACUUGGAGCAUGUCUGCUGGGACACAAAGUGACGGAUACGAUGCGUAAGGGAGUGAUUGAUCUUGCCGUUUACAAUAACAGUGAGCUCGAACUCAUGUAUGGACAAAUUUCCAUCCUGUCUGGUUGCGGUGCAUGGAUGUUGCUUGCCACUUUCUUCAAGCUUCCUGUGUCCACAACGCAUUCUAUCGUUGGUGCUACCAUUGGAUUCUCCAUGGUGCUCAAAGGCGCUACGGGUAUCCGCUGGCACAAGAUCUCACGCAUCUUUGCGUCAUGGAUUGUCUCACCUCUCUUGUCCGGUUUUGUCUCAGUUAUUUUCUUCGUGUUUAUCGACCAUUUUGUGCUUAGAAAGAGUCGUCCUCUUGAUAGUGGCCUUAAGAUUUUGCCGGUGUUGUAUUUUGCUUGUAUGACCUUCAAUGUGUUCGCUAUUAUUUACGAAGGAUCUGAAUUUUUGUACUUUGAUCGACUGAACCUGAAGUAUUGUCUCAUCAUCUCGUUUGGUGUCGGUGUUAUUUCUGCUACUGUGGCAAAGUUUAUUAUAGCGCCAUGGUUGAAACGAAGCAUACUGGCUCGUACUGAUCUGGAGUCGAACAAUACCAGUGAAUUGAAUGCAGUUGGAGGACAAAAAGCGGCUCUUCUCGAAUACGAAAGUGGAGGACCUCUUAAAGAUAAGGACACAAAAACCAAUGGCACAUCUGGACAUGCUUUAAAUGCAGUUGCUCCGUCAUCAUCUGUCGCCUCCUUCUUUCGUUCAUCGAAACCAGAAGAUCCACAAGCAGCUCUUCUUUUCUCACUCCUUCAAGUAAUGACAGCUUGUUUUGGAGGGUUCGCUCAUGGUGGUAACGAUGUCAGUAAUGCCAUUGCUCCACUCGUCAGCUUGUACGUCAUCUAUCAGGAAGGCUCAUCGGCACAAACGUUGCAUACACCAGGAUAUCUUUUACUCUAUGGCUCGGUCGGCAUGUGUAUCGGUCUUUGGAUGUUGGGCCACCGUGUUAUUUAUACAGUUGGUGAAAAUCUCACGAAAAUCACUCCUCCAAGUGGAUUUGCAAUCGAGUUUGGCGCAGCAGUGACUGUUCUCGUGGCCUCGAAACUGGGCCUUCCAAUAUCUUCAACACAAUGCAAGGUUGGUUCCGUUGUGGCGGUUGGUCUGGCGCAAGCGAGUCACUCUGUCCGCUGGCACACUUUCCGUAACAUCUCGCUCAGCUGGAUUGUUACGUUGCCCGUCGCAGGGUUGCUCUCUGCCGGUGUUAUGAGUCUGUUCCGCGCAUUUGUAUUGUAG